AUGGCUCGUUUGCUGUCACAAACCUUAAUCCACACCGGAAGAUUCCUUCUCCGCCGCUUCUCAGAACCGCCACCGGCGGUUUCUCUGUCACUGAGUCGCGUCUGCUUCCACCGUCACUAUUCGUCGAAGUCCCUUUCUCUCGUUUCUCCACUUGGAUCUCCCUCUUCUUCUCUCUUCACCCCUCCAGCAUUAUGUAAAUUCUCCGCUUUCUCAUCUUCCGCAACAACGAUCGAAGUUCAAUCUACAGAGCAUGAAGUGGUGAUUGCUUUAGGAAGCAACAUCGGAAACCGGAUGAACAAUUUCAGAGAAGCUCUCCGAUUGAUGAAGCUUAGCGGCAUUUCCGUAACCAGGCACAGCUGCUUAUACGAAACAGCUCCCGUUCACAUCACAGACCAACCCAAAUUUCUCAACGCUGCAGUGAGAGGCGUCACCAAGCUCGGACCUCACGAGCUAUUAACCGUUCUCAAAACCAUCGAGAAAGACAUGGGACGUGAAGACGGUAUACGUUACGGACCAAGACCACUCGACUUAGACAUAUUGUUCUAUGGAAAUCUGAGGGUAAACUCUGAGAAUCUAAUCAUACCACAUGAGAGACUCUGGGAGAGAUCAUUUGUGUUAGCUCCUUUGGUUGAUCUGCUUGGAACAAACGUUGAUAACGACACAGUUGCGCAUUGGCACUCGCUGGCUUUACAUCCAGGAGGGAUUCUCCAAGCGUGGGAGAGGUUAGGUGGAGAGUCACUGAUUGGUCAAGAUGGUGUGAAGAGAGUUUUACCAAUAGGAGAUAAGCUUUGGGAUUUCACUAGCAGAACUCAUGUGAUGGGUAUACUUAACCUUACACCUGAUAGCUUCAGUGAUGGAGGACAGUUUCAGUCGAUAGACUCUGCGGUUUCUAGGGUUCGUUUGAUGGUUUCUGAAGGUGCUGAUAUAAUUGAUAUCGGAGCACAGUCCACUAGGCCAAUGGCGUCGAGGAUUUCUUGUCAAGAAGAGCUGGAGCGGCUGAUUCCGGUUUUGGAGGCUGUUCGUGGUAUGCCGGAGAUGGAGGAGAAGCUUAUAUCUGUGGACACUUUUAACUCCGAGGUUGCUUUGGAGGCAGUAAGCAAUGGAGCUGAUAUUCUGAAUGAUGUGUCUGCGGGAAGGUUAGACCCGAACAUGCAUAAGGUUGUUGCGGAGUCUGGUGUUCCUUAUAUGGCUAUGCACAUGAGAGGAGAUCCAUGUACAAUGCAGAACGAGGAGAAUCUGCAGUACGGUGAUGUGUGCAAGGAUGUUGCUUCUGAGCUUUACAUGAGGGUAAGAGACGCGGAGAUCUCUGGGAUUCCUGCUUGGAGGGUUAUGAUUGAUCCGGGGAUCGGGUUUUCGAAGAGGGUAGAUCAUAAUCUUGAUGUUAUUAUGGAUCUGGGGAAGAUCAGGGAAGAGAUUGGUAAGAGAAGCAUAGGAGUGUCUCAUGCGCCUGUACUUAUAGGACCUUCGAGGAAGAGGUUCUUGGGAGAUAUUUGUGGUCGUCCUGAGGCUGCUGAGAGGGAUGCUGCAACUGUUGCUUCAGUUACUGCAGGGGUUUUGGGAGGUGCUAAUAUCAUUAGAGUUCAUAAUGUUAGAGAUAAUGCUGACGCAGCGAAGGUGUGUGACGCAAUGCUGAGAAGGAGACGGUCUAAAGGAUGA